AUGAUUUCGGGUUUAUUUAAUACGAUCAAGAAUGCCGCUGCAGCAACGGAAGCUUGUAGAUCAGUGGUUGAAGAAGUGCGAAAUGUUAUAACGUGGAAUAGUAGUCAACCUCCGGAGGAUCGAAAAAUCUGUUUUCUUAGUACUUCGCAGCUAAGUUCGCUUGUUAAGUGUGAUGACUUCAAAUCGGUUUCCAUCUACUCGAAUAAGGAAGAAACAUUAUUCUAUAUUGUUUAUGUACAAAGAUUUGUAGCAUUAUCAGUUAUGUCGAACAGAAAUGAAGCGCUGAGAAAGCAAAAAAUAUUAAAUGGCUUGUUUAGAUUGAUCGAAAUUCUCGAUGUAUUGGAGCCAAAUACAUUUUUGAAUCGCGUUGCCUGCCUACUGAUAAGCAUUGAAAAGAAUGCAACAUAUCGCGAAAUUCAUCAUGCUUGUUCUUGUGGAUUUGAUGAUGUUGUUGAAAAUUUCUGUUUAAAUUCUUCUAUUGAUCCCAUUGUUGUUGUCAACAAAGCAACUGUUGAUGGUCUUUUGCCCUUGCAAAUAGCUGCAAAUAAUGAUAAUUAUAAUGUAGUUAUUAAAUUGCUCGAAUAUGGUGCUGAUAUUCAUAAAUUAGAUUUACAUAUGAGGAAUGUCUUUCAUUACGCUGCUAAGAAAAGUCCAAGUAUACUUCGACUUUUAAUGAGUUAUGAUCGAUCUCAACAAGCAAUGAAUCGCUUCGAUAGCGAUGGUCUAUCUCCACUUUGUUUGGCUAUGAAAUCUGGCCAUGUAGAAUGUGCAAAAAUCCUUCUCGAAUCUGGUUGUUCCAGAGGGCCAUUUCCUGCUGGUCCAUUAUGUAAAAUUUUUCUUAGCGUUCCAGUCGAUACAGAAGGGUUUAUCAAUUUGCUUCUUAAGUACGAACCAAAUUUUCUUUGUGAGCCUAUAUGCGAUGGUUCUUCUAUAUUGCACCAAGAUUUGGAUGCGCCUCUACUCAUUCUUAUCAUGAGCAAAGUGACGAAGGAAGUAAAAGAUUCUGAAGAUAAAAAUAAAAGAACUCCCUUACAUCGAUCAGUUCAAAGAAGUAAUCUCAGUCAAACUCUGGCAUUACUAUCAUUUGAAGUUAAUGUGGAUGCUUUAGACGAAAAUGGAGAUACUCCACUUAAUAUUGCUGUCCAGAUAGGAUCGCUCGAACUUGUCAAAUGUCUUUUAUGCUUUGGAGCUUCUGUUACACUCUUGAAUAAUGGUGGAUUACGCCCCAUCGAUAUCGCCAAAAAAUCGUCAAAUGCAUUCAGGCUAGGUUUGAAGGAGAUACUCAUACAUAUUGAGGAAAAACUUGGUUCAUCAGUAAUCGAAUAUUUUGAUUGGUUGGCUGGUACAAGCACUGGUGCGAUUAUUGCUUUAGCUUUGGCUCGCGGCGAUUCUCCUCGUUCAUGCCAAGGUCUGUAUAUCAGGUUAAAAUCAGAAGUGUUUAUUGGUGAAAAACCUUAUUCGGAUAAAGAAUUCGAGCAAAUUCUUAAACGUUACUUUGGUGAUUCAUUGGUUAUGGCUCAUAUUGAAAGUAAAAAGAUUAUGAUAACUGCGACAUCUGUGAAGACAAACGUCCCUCAGCUAAAAUUGUUUCGUAAUUAUCGCCUUCCUCUUUCUGAAAUAAAUAAUCAAGUUCUAGGAUACGACGAUCCCUCAAAUCUUCUUGUUUGGAAAUGCGCAAGAUAUUCCAGUGCUGCUCCAACAUAUUUUGCUCCGAAGGAUGAUUAUGUUGAUGGUGGUCUUGUUGCAAAUAAUCCUACUUUAGAUUUGCUAUCAGAUAUUCACGAAUAUAACGCGACACAUGCCCAAGCUAAUAUGGAAAAAGCUGACAUUAAUUGUAUUGUCUCGCUGGGAACCGGUGUACUUCCGGCUAAAAAGAUUAAGCUUGGAAAAUUAGAAUUUGGUAUACCACAAAAUUUAGAAGAAGGACAAUCAAUGCUAACUGAUUUCCUAAACAUGAAAAGCAUCCUUAUAAAACAGAUAACAGCUUCAGAUGGGGAAUGCGUGAGACGUGCGAGAUCAUGGGCCCAUGGUUUAAAUAUACCAUUCUUCCGACUAUCGCCUCCAUUAUCAACAGAUGUUCAGUUGGAUGAGAAGGAAAAUGAGAUUAUUAUUGAAUUCUUAUGGGAAACAGAGAGAUAUUUGCGAACAAUUGCUCAUUCCGAUAUUGACAGCUUGGUAAAGCUUUUGAAAGGUGAUAUCUAA